AGCACUACUGACUGAACUCCAGCCCCGCCUACGCACAGGAGCAUCAAUGUCCUUUAAUAAUCAGGGUAUUUGUGGACGGAUUUGUAGUAUUUGCAGCCGGACAUGUCAAUUCUUCAGAAUCCUGUCGGCGAGCCUCAGAAGUUUCUGGGAUAAGGUGAAGAGCCGUUGUUUUCCUACACCGCAAAAGGAAGAGACGCCAACCUCUACAACCGACUACAUUUUUCACAAAGAAAAGAUUCUGGAGCUUGGCAGCAUCCUGAAGAAUACAAGACUAUCCCUCGAUAAGAGAGCUCAGGCUGCCCAGAAAAUCGGACUACUGACUUACACAGGAGGCAUGAGUGCUGCGCAGUUCGCCAGCGAGUACAUGAAAGAGGUUGCUUCCUUGCUGCACAAGGAGAAGGCGAUGUCGUUCAGGACAAAGAUCCUGCUGCUCCAGAGUGUGACGUGCUGGUGCUACCUAAACCCUGACAGCCAGAGGAAGGCCAGACAACUGGAGUUUAUUCCGAUUUUCAUUGAUUUCUUGGAGGAUCCGAUCCAAUAUACCAACAAGAAUGACAUAAGAAACCACCGCCUCUGCCAGUUUUGGAUCUGUUAUGCCCUCACAGUCAUAACCUGUAACAACUUAGCUACCAUGAGGGAGCUGAGAUCCUACCGAUCUCUAAAAUUCCACCUACAGAUCUUGGCUAUGGAGAACUGGUCUGGGUGGCCUGAAAAUUUUGCCGAGGUCUUAUAUUUCCUAAUAGGUUUUCACAGGAACUAAUUUUUAUUUUUUAUUUUUUAGUUCAGUUACAUCCUCGUGCCAUUGUAUUACCCCAGAAACCUGAAGUAAAGGAUAAAGUCCAUGGAUUAUACUACA